AUGUCUGACUUUUGGUUAACGGAGUAUAUCCGCCACCUGGUGGUGCAACCCGCAGACGCACGCCUGAACCCUCCCGAGGGCUACCUGUUUGUCCAGGAUGGGCUUAUCAUCUCCUGCGGGGUAUUAUACGCCCUUUUGUACGUCUUUGGUAUGAUGCGCGCUGUCAAGGAUGGCGUUUUGCCGGGAUCAAUCAAGUACCUAUCCUUGACUUUGGCGUAUGAAUUAUACUACGCCUUUGCGACAACAUCAACGCGAAUAGAGAGAAUCUGCUUUCUGGUCUGGUUCCAGCUAGAUCUCAGUUUUGUCGUGCUUGCCCUGUGGCGCGUCUAUGGCCGCGGCCAAAGGAAGCGCAUUGCCGGGGAGAUGCUUGUAUACUGCGUAACAGCUAUCGCCGGCCUACGGUACUUGGGACAUCUGUACCCAGACGACCGCGAGCAAGUGACAGCAUAUUGGACGGGCAUUCUUUUGCAACUCCCGGCUGGGUGGGUGUACGCGUAUGGACUGGUGAAGCAUCGUUCUUUACUGGGUCACUCUCUUGAGAUUUGGCUCGUGCGCUAUCUAGGCUGCUUCACGGCUUAUGGGCUUUUCAUCUGGCGCUAUCUCAAUGUCCCGAGGAACUGGGAGUAUGUGGGAUCGUUUUGGAGCAUCGCGAUUAUUGUGGUUACUCUGAUUCCAGAGACAGUUUACCCGUUCUUAUACAUAUGGGUUUUCAAUCAAAACAAGAACAAGGUAAAGAUGGGUUAG